CCGACCCGCUCCGCUCCACGCGGGGCCGCCAAGUCGCUGCCGCUGCGGUGCCGGUCCGGCUCCGGGUCCGGAUCCGCGCCGUCUCUCCUGUUCCCGCCGCCCUGCCGGUCCCGAUCCGUGCCGUGCCGUGCUGCUAGCACCGAGACAGCUCCCCUCUCAGCACAAUGGCCUGCCAAGAGAGUGAGUACCUGGAUGACCAGAAGAAAUGUGUCCCCUGCAGGAAGUGCAUGCCUGGGCAGGAGCUUUCCAAGGACUGCGGCGAUGGCAGCGGCGGGGACGCGCAGUGCGUGGCCUGCCCUCCCAGGAAGUUCAAGGACCGCUGGGGACACCACGGCUGCAAGCCCUGCCUCUCCUGUGCCCUCAUCAACCGCGUGCAGAAAUCCAACUGCACAGCCACGGCCGACGCUGUCUGCGGGGAGUGCCUGCCGGGGUUCUACAGGAAGGCGCGGAUCAGCGGGCAGCUGGAGUGGGAGUGCAUCCCCUGCACCAAGCAGACGCCAUCCUCUGAGCCACAGUGUCGCUCCAGAACAAACCUGGUGAAGGUCGCUGUCCCUACUGUACCACCACAGGACACAGCCCUUCUUGCACUGACCAGCAGUGCCCUGGUCAUCAUUGUCCUGGUGCUUCUGGCACUUUCCAUCAUCUACUGCAAGCGAUUCUGGAAAAGCCAGUGCCAGAGAGUCUUCCUGAGGACUCAGAACUUCUCGGGCCAGCGAGCAACGUUCCCAACUGCAGCAGCUCCUGGCAGGUUCCUGUGUGAGGAGCAGAUGUCUGGACCCUGCUGCCUGGGUGUGAAGAAUUUGAGCCCUUGCUACAGGCAGGCAGAAGGCCCCGUGGAAGCAGUGCAGUUCAUUUCAGAUGGGGAAGCCGUGGGUCUCCAGCUCCCCUCUCUCCAGCCAGAGAUGGAGUUGCCACCAGCCAUCGCAGCCAGCACUGCCUCCAAGGCCCAGCUGGGCAGGAGCCUGCUGGAAAGCCAGCCUCUGAUCCGGGCCUCGGGCCAUGGGGACUGCCUGGAGGGGGUCCUGCCACCCCCUGCCCCCAGGCAGGGCACAGUGGAGGCCCUGGCCCCCCUCUCCUCCUGCGCCUCCGAGAUGCAGCACAAGUGGCCCCACGCGCCCGUGGAGUGCACUGAGCUGGACCUGCAGAAGUUCUCCAGCCAGGCGGAGUUUGUGGGUGCUGAGCGGCUGGAGGACACAGCCGGCCGGGCUGGGAGGCGGAUUCCAGCAGAGAGCAGUGCUGGGGUGCAGGAGAGGGCUCAUCACCUGCCCACAGCUGAAACCCCACCUGGGGAGCAGCCGGUGGAUGAUGCCCAGAGCCUGGUGACUCAGAUCAGCAGCACGGCCAGUGGUCUCCCCAUAGCAGAGCUGCCCCAUUCCUUGGUGCAGUCUCUGGCCUUCCUGUUGGACCCUUCCUUGAACGGAGUGAAGAACUUCAGCCACGUGGCUCUGGAGCUGGGGCUGAUGCCGCAGCUGCUGGGGCGGAUCUCGGGCUUUGAGCAGCUGGUGGCACACUUCACCUCUGCAGGAGCCGUGGUCACCGUCCCUCUGCUGGCGCGGGCGCUGCAGCGGCUCCAGCGCUUCGACGCCCUGCUGCUGCUCUGUGACCACUUCACGCUGAGCCCCGCGCCCGACCGCCAGCGCUAGGGGACACCCGGGGACACAGGGACUCCAGGCACUGCUGAAACUGCGGCCUGCAGGCACAGAACCUCCCUGGGUGCGUGGCAGGAGGACACAGAGGUGGCUUUUGCGUUGUGGAAUGGACAUGAUGGGCGUCUCUGCACAGGGGUUCAGGAAGCACAGCUGUGCCUUUUCCUGGCUCAGGCCCCUCCAGAGGCUGUUUUUUCUCUAGUUGUGACACCCUUCCCUGUUGGUUACUGUGGUGCUCUGGCUCUGCAGUGAGCCCUGUCCUGCCCCACUGUUGCCAUGGGGUUCCUCAGCCAUGGGGCUCACUAAACAUGGGCAGUGCCCUCCUAUGAGCCCAGCCAUCUCCUCCCUUCCAUUCCAGCUUUCCCAUCCUUCCUCUGGCCCAUGCUCUGCUUUCCUGGGUGCCAGUUGCCGUUUUCUCAGUUUACUUUUGAGUUGUUUCUCUUCCUCUGUGCUGUGAUUUCCUUGGCAGAGGACCUGACCAUGGCUGAUGUGCCAGGCUCCAUCCUUUGUCCCUCUGUGCCACCCUGGCACCUUCCUCUGGUGCCCCUUUGUGGUGCAGUGUAGCAUCCUGGCACGAUUUCAGACUGACUCUCGUGAUGAGCUGAUGUAAGCCCCCGUUGGGCUAUGGCUGUUGGCCAUGGGCAGGUGCUGGCUCACCCCAGCCCGGUGGCUGUUCACUGCCCGUUGCCUCCAAGGCUUCACAAACCACCUGUGGUGGCACAGAGUGUCAGGAACAGGGACACUGCCCCACGGGUGGCAGCUGAGGCUGAAGCUGUGGCUGUGGUCACAGGCAGCAGUGACAUUCCUGUGCCAGCCACAGCAGGAGCUCCUCUAGAAGCUCCUCCUCUUUUAAAAUAACAUUUUUCUUUUUUUUUCCUGCCUAAAAAUGGCCUGAUUUCUCAUUCCUGGGAGUUGCUACUGGGAAGGGGGAGCACCCUCCUGCUUGGUAUUUCACCCUGGGGGAUUUGUCAUGACUUGCCAUGGCCUUGCUGUCACCCUGAUUUCAGUGUUGGGCUGCAGGCAGCUGGGCUGUUCCUGGUGUGCCCUGGCCAUGGGGCUGUGCUGGUGGCCCUGGAAGGGAGCAGGGGCUGCAGGACACGUUCCUGAGCGGGGCAGAGCAGUGUGGGGGCGGCUGGGCACGCUGGGGGUCACGGGCAGGGCAGCUCCCAGAAGAGCCUGCUGCUGGUCACACCAGGCCUGAGGGCUCAAUCCCUCUGUGAGCAAUUCAGUUCAGAGUUAAACUCCGUGAUCUUUGUGGUCCCUUCCAACUCAGGGUGUUCUGUGAUGCGGUGUCACCGGAGGCACCCCGAGGCUCGCAGACAGCAUCGCUGGGGCUGAGCUGAGCUGAGCUGGUGGCUUUGCUUUGUCCCUCAGUGUGUGGCUGGGGCUGCUCUCUGCUGUCCUGCCUGUCACCGGGGUCUCAGCACGAGCCAGUGCUGUGGUGGUCACCAGCAAGUGGCACUGUUACCCCACUGCCUGCUGCCCCUCCCAGACCCCACAGAAUUCUCCUUUAUCUGUACCUCAGAGAAGCGAGUGCCCUUCUAGGAAGGCAGAUCUCCCCCACACCCCAAGGAGCAAUAGCUGCUGGUGUUUUCUUUCCCUGUUUAAAGAUGUUGAGGCUUGAACACACCCAGGAUAUGCUCAGAUAAACAAAGGCAUGGGCAGUUGGAGCUGGAGCUGGCAGUUUCCCUGUCUGCUUGUUUCUUCCACAGUCAAGGUUGUUUUAUUGCUCUUUGCUCCCCAAGACCUACAGCGUUGAACUUUGAGCCAUGUGGGGCCAGGAUUAGUCAGAGUCUUGGACUGUUAGGGAGUGUUGCUAUAGCACACACAGCCUGGGGCCAGGGAUUUCCUGUUUGAGGCUUUUCUGUGGAAGGGAGAGUGCUGGGUUUAAUCACCUUGCAAAAUCCAAUAAAUAUUUAAUCCCUCUGUGGACGUAGUCACUUCCAGUGGGAAGGAAAAUAACUUCACCCACUGCCUCUGAGUAAGUGCCUCCCUGCAGCUCAGUUUGCUGGCCCUGGCUUUGAUGCUGGAACUGGACUGGGCAGCUUGUCCCGUGUGCUCUGUGUCACCAGUGCCACCAGUGUGUGGUCACUUGGAGUGCACAGAGCAGUGGUGGCCAGGCAGGAUGGCAGUGCCAGCCUGCCCCUGUCAGGAGCAGGAGAUGGGCAGGAAGGGCUGGUGAAUUAGAGCUGUGGAUGAUGGGGACAUGCCACAGGUGUGUGCUGCAAAUCUCCUCACAUGCUGGGCAGCUCCAUUGGUGUGCCAGAGUGGGGCUCUGGGCCAAGCAAAUGAAGUGAGUGUUUAGCUCAUUUGUUUAGGGGUUUUUCUCACUUUUAUAAUGAAAUCAACCUCAUUUUCUUCAUAGCUUUUAAGGUAAACUUAUUUUUCAAUUGUUUGAUGUCUGAGCAAUAUUACUUGUACUCAAAACCCACCCCCUGCCUCGAGGGUGCAGCACAGAGGGUGUGGGUAUGGGCUGUGCCAUACAGGUGUGUGCCAUGCCCCAGCCCCAUGGUGCUGCCCCUCAGGCCCUGGCUGUGCCAUACAGGUGUGUGCCAUGCCCCUGCCCCAUGGUGCUGCCCCUCAGGCCCUGGCUGUGCCAUACAGGGUGUGUAGGGUGGUGUGUGCCAUGCCCCAGCCCCUGCCCCAUGGUGCUGCCCCUCAGGCCCUGGCUGUGCCACAGGGUGUGGCAGGGGCUGGUUUUCUGUGUGUUUGAGCUGUUCUGGGUUCCCCCUGAGAGCCUCACCUUUGGUGUCAGUGCAAGCCUCACUGGCUGGUGCUCCAGCAGGGCUGGGCACUGCACAGGAGCCCUGCAGGACGUGGCUUUGCAGCAGUGAGGCUCCCCCAGCUCCCAGGCAAAGGCUGCUCCCCACUCUCACUGUGCUCGUGGCAGAAACCUUCCUUCAGCUGUGGUGACAAACCCAGCUGUGUUUACAAGGGCCAAAAGUUCAACAGGGAGCCUUUAGCCCACCCUAAAACCACCUGGCCAGGCUGCCUCGAGCCCAGCCAGAGCCCUCAGGGAACCAUGAGAGCCUUGAAAACAGGGAAAUGCUGUGACUCAGACAUCAGGACAACAAUGAUCCCUGAGCAGGGAGCUGCUUCACUGGGGAACCAAUGGAAUUGAUACUUGACUUUUGCUUUUUAAUAGUAUUUUCAACAUAGCACAUAGAAUGUAAGGUAGGGAAAUUCCUGUGGUGCUGGAUCUCGUGUCACAGCCUCAGGAAGCCAUUUGUGCCAAGCUGGCAUGGCUCACAGAGAGGUGAAACAGAUCAAAUAACUCUGAAAUCUGUGCAAACUUGAGCUAGGACUGAACAGUGGGAACACUCCAGUGCAGCGGGGUUAUUUUUUAACAAGUGAUUGGUUUCCACACCAGUCUUGCCUGGAAGUCUGAUUUGCAGAGGAAUUUGUAUGAUAAGUUUAAAUCUAGCCCUGUUCUGGGAAGCUCUUAAGCAUAGACUUUAAAUAGGCACAUACUUCACUGUUGUUAAAGUGUUUAUUCUGGUGAACAAUUGGUGAACAUCCCUCGGGUGCUGUUCCUGAACAGGGGGCUCAUGAGAGCUCUCCCUCCAAUGUGCUUUUACAGAAAUAGCAAUACUGAAGAAGACUUGGUGUUACUGAUCUGGGCACACUUCUUGGAAGAGUCUGCAAGUGUUGGGGGGAGAUACCCCCUCUGUGUUGGAUUAUUUAAUACUUCAGACUCUGGUGCUUUUCAAAAAAAACAAAUCACUACAUUUCUGUAGCCAUGGUUUACCCAAGGGAAUAUGUGUUGUUUUUUAUGGUAGAUGUUAUUUUUCUUUAAGGUUACGAAUAGGUUAUUUAUAUUUUUGUAAAUUCUGUGCCAUUACCAUUGUAAUUCUGCUGUAGCAUUAUUUCUGUUGGGUUUGGGGUGUUGUCUGUGUUCAAAUCAAGCAGAAGCUGACACUCCUGCCCCCCUGUUAGUGGCAGGGGUUUGGUCCCUCACAUUCCUCCAGACCUGGUGCUCUUGAGUGAUGUGUGUUUGUAGUUUAAUAAAUUUUG